GGGUCGGCCAGUCUCUUCGGAGGCUCCGGAAAGCUGGUUUUAGGCUCGGGUGACGAGAGCGGGAAGGCGCGAGAGGAGGCAGGCGCUGUCCUCGCUGCACAGAGGCGGGUCUGAGGCACGGCAGCUGCGCCCGGGGGGACCCUGAAUCUGAGUCGUGGACGGGGAUGCCCGGGGCCCGACCUGGUCCUCGGCUCCCGGCCCGGCUCCGCCCCCCGAGGCCGAUGGCGGCGGCCGCGCGGAGGGAGCCGGCUCAGAUUCCUGUGGCUGCGGAAUCACUUCCAUACCAUGCAGAGGGUCACGUGACCUUUGAGGAUGUGGCUGUGUACUUCUCCUGGGAGGAGUGGGGGUUCCUUGAUGAAGGCCAGAGACUCCUAUACCACAAUGUGAUGCUGGAGAACUUUGCACUGAUGGCCUCUCUGGGACUUGCAUCUUCCAGGACCCAUGAAGUUACCCAGUGGGAGCGGUGGGGAGAGCCCUUUGUGCCUGCCUGUGGAGUCAUGACUGCAGCAAUGCCAAGAGGUUGUUGGCAUGGAGCAGAGGUUGAGGAGGCACCUUCUGAGCAGAGUGUUUAUGUAGGAGUCCUCAGAGCAAAGCUUCACCAAUACCAGAAACUGCACUGUGGAGAGAAACUCUUAAGAAAAGAGACAGAGGAGGGUGAGAAGGACUCCCCAACUACCUCUGGUCUUCUCAGGCAUCAGCUGGCUCACAGCGGAGGGGAGUCAUACAGGAGCACUGAAAGCGAGGAGGCCUUUCACCCUGGAAAAAGGCAUUACAAAUGCGGCGAAUGUGGGAAAGCCUUUGGUCAGAAAUACUUACUUGUUCAGCACCAGAGACUACACACUGGAGAAAAGCCUUAUGAAUGCAGUGAAUGUGGGAAACUAUUUAGCCAUAAAUCUAACCUUUUUAUACACCAAAUAGUUCACACUGGUGAAAGGCCUUAUGGGUGUAGUGAAUGUGGAAAAUCCUUUAGCCGCAAUGCCGACCUCAUUCAACACCGCAGAGUUCACACUGGAGAAAAGCCUUUUACGUGCAGUGAAUGUGGAAAAGCCUUCAGGCAUAAUUCCACACUUGUUCAGCAUCACAGAAUCCACACUGGAGUAAGGCCUUAUGAGUGCAGUGAAUGUGGGAAAUUCUUUAGCUUUAACUCAAGCCUCAUGAAACAUCAGAGAGUUCACACUGGAGAAAGACCUUAUAAGUGCAGUGAAUGUGGGAAAUUCUAUAGCCACAAGUCAAGCCUUAUUAAUCAUUGGAGAGUUCACACUGGAGAAAGGCCUUAUGAGUGCAGUGAAUGUGGGAAAUUUUUUAGCCAAAGCUCUAGCCUCAUGCAACACCGAAAAGUUCACACUGGAGAAAAGCCUUUUAAGUGCAAUGAAUGUGGAAGAUUCUUUAGCGAGAAUUCUAGCCUCGUUAAACACAAGAGGGUUCACACUGGAGCAAGACCUUAUGAGUGCAGGGAAUGUGGGAAAUUUUUUCGCCACAGCUCCAGCCUUGUUAAACAUCGGAGAAUUCACACUGGAGAAAUGCCUUAUGAGUGCAGUGAUUGUGGAAAAUCGUUUAGCCAGCGUUUCAACCUCAUUCAACACCAGAAAGUUCACAGCGGAGAAAAGUCUUGAAGGCAGCUAAUGUAGAAAAGCCUUUAACCAAAGGUCUGCUCUGAUCCAUCAACAGAAACUUCACAACUCAGAUAGGCCAUAAGAAUACAGUGACCAUGAAGAAGGGCUUCAGCCAAAGGCUUCACCUUGUUCAGCACCAUAAAGUUCAGACUGGAGGAAGGCCUUAGGAGUGCAGAGCAUGGGCUGUCUCCUAGUCAGCCUAACUUAAAACAGAGAAGCUCUGUGAGUAGCCUUUAUGAGGGAGCCAGCAAGUGAACAUCAUUCAUCCAAAUAUGCACACUGGCUGCAGGAUGAGAGUUGCUGACAUCCUGCCCCUCCUCAGAAGAUAGCGCUCUGCCUGGGACCUCUAGGGAGAGAGAGCCCUGUGUUCUUGGCUGUAUCAGGCUGGAGUGAUGUUUUCAUCUGUCUGAGUUUGGAGGGAGGAGAGAGGGAGUGGUCUUGGUUCAAGUGCGACUGGUGCUUGCUGUUUUUACUGAAUAUUAGGUUUUCUUGAAUAAAUGUUUCUUCAUCUGCUGUAUACCCUUAGGACCAUUUCCAGAGACUUUAAAUUGUGUUUUAUAAUUUUCACCAGUUUUAAUGGGCAGCAGGCCCACAGAGCAUCUCACACUGUCAUGCUGGAAGCUGGUCCAAAUAUUUAACUUUUUAAGAAACUGCCAGAUUGUGUUCUAAGUGGUUAUGCCAUUUCACAUUUCCUCUUGGAGUAUAUUAGAUUUUCAGUUUUUUCACAUCCUUGUUGACUGUUGUGUGUAAGAUGUGGGCUAUUCAUUUUAGCCAUUCUAGUAGAUGUAUAGUGGUAGUUCAUUAUAGUUUUAAUUUGCAUUCUCUAAUGGUCAGUGUUGAGCAUUUUUCCCUGUUUACUUGCUAUCCAUGUAUCUUCUUCAGUGAAUUAUCUGUGCAUAUUUUUGCCUGUUAUUAAAAGAAUUGUUUUAUGAUUUUUUAAUAUA